AUGGAACCAUUACCAGAAUUACCACCGGAUACUGAACCACUUGAACAUCAAGUUGCUGGACAUUUUUAUGGUCGAUCAAAAACAAAAUUUGGUUUAUUACAACGUUGUUCAACAGGUGAUGUGCUUAAACCAUUACUUAAUCCACCACGUGGUCCACGUGAACAGAAAUUUUAUCUUUAUAUGUUUUCUGAUAAAACUUCCAACGAACUUCUUGGACUUCGAUCAUUUCUACCGACAUUAUUAGGUACAUAUCAAUUUGGUAGUAUGUCUUAUUUAAUAUUAGAAAAUAUCAUUCGAUCAUAUAAAUAUCCAUGUAUUAUUGAUAUAAAACUUGGACGAAUAACUUAUGAUUGUGAAGCAACACCAGAAAAAAUUGAACGACAAAUAGGAAAAUUUCAACCAGCAACUGAAAUUGGUUUUCAAUUACUUGGAUGGAAAACUUAUCGAAAAUUAAAUAGUGCAUAUAUUUAUCAUGAUAAACGUUGUGCACGAACAUUGACUAAACAUGAACUUAUUUAUGGUUUAGCACAUUUUUUUGGUGCACCUGAAUAUGAUCAUCGUCCAUAUGUACGAGCUGUACUUGAACGUCUUGUUGUUCUUGAAAAUAUUAUGUCCAAACAAUAUGAAUUUGUUUUUAUUGCAUCAUCAAUUUUGAUUGUCUAUGAUGGUGAUCAUAGAGAAAAUUCAAAUGAUAUUAAAGUUGAUGUUCGUCUUGUUGAUUUUGCUCAUGUUUUUCCAUCAUCAUCUAAUACAGAACCUGAUGAAAAUUUUCUUUUUGGCCUUCGUCAUUGUAUGGAAUAUUUAAGAAUGUUAAUUGAUGAAAAAUUUCAUUAUAUAGCUAUUGAUAAAUUAGAACAUAAUACUAAUUUAUCUGAUUUAAAUUGUUAUGAGACAUUAUUUAAAUAA